AUGACCCACCGCAGGGUCGGGCCCCCAGCAUCUCGUCCCGGCAGGGCUGCCGGGUCACGUGUCAGGCGUAUCGUAACCGUCAGGGCGGCCGGUGAGAGCUCGAUCUCCGAGAAGCUGGAGCUCACUGCCGAUAACGUGGAGAAGGUGCUGGACGAGGUGCGCCCGUACCUCAUCGCGGACGGUGGCGACGUGGAGCUCGUGGAGAUUGAUGGGCUCGUGGUGAGGCUGAAGCUCAACGGAGCGUGCGGUAGUUGCCCGUCGUCGACCGUCACCAUGCGCAUGGGUAUCGAGAAGAGGCUGAUGGAGAAGAUCCCGGAGAUCAUGGAGGUUGAGCAGAUCCAGGACGAGGCUGGGGGCCUGGACCUCACCGAGGAAAACGUGGAGGCGACGCUCGACGAGAUCAGGCCGUACCUCGCGGGGACGGGUGGAGGACAGCUCGAGCUGGUGGACAUAGAGGAUCCCAUCGUGAAGGUCAGGCUGACAGGACCUGCUGCGUCUGUGAUGACCGUGCGCGUGGCCGUGACGCAGAAGCUCAGGGAGAAGAUGCCGUCCAUCGCCGCCGUACAGCUGUUGAAUUGA